AUGGACAAUAUAGACAAAACCCUGGAACGGGCCGAGAUCGAUGCCAAGCAUUACUCGCCACGGUUGAGCGACGAGAAACGCAGGACGUCUGCCAGCGCAGAUCGACCGCCAUCGUCGGGGAACACGGGGUCCUCGUCGGGCUCGAGCAGCUCCGUUGAUUAUGAUCCUCAGGUGCACCGGUUGCAGUCUCGAAACACGGAGGUUGAUCUCGAGCGCCACCGGACGAACAUCUCGCAUGCGCUGAGCAGGAUUGAAACUCAGAGGCUGCAGCAUGCGCUUACUGUAGGUGAAAGUGUUCGGUCACGACCGUCGAAAACUCCCUUGCCGUCUUUUGGUGCUGGCAAGCCCUAUCCGCCGCCGUUGCCGGCUCGAGAGGACUAUGUGGUGGAAUUCGAUGGGCCGGACGAUCCUAUGUAUCCGUUGAAUUGGCGUUUACCCAGGAAAUUCUACAUUAGUGGUAUCCUCGCCUUCACCAGCAUCUGUUCCACCUUUGAUUCUGCAAUUUUCAGCGCCUCGUCAACCCAUGUGUCUGAGCAAUUUGGAGUCGGUCUCGAAGUCGCAGUUCUGUCGAGUUCUCUUUACAUUGUCGGUUACGCGUCCGGACCCUUGAUCUGGGCGCCCUUUUCUGAACUGCAAGGCCGACGGCCGCCUAUUCUCAUUGCCAUGCUGGGCUUCGGCAUCUUCAACACCGCCGUGGCAGUCGCCAAAGACCUGCAAACCCUGAUGAUCUGUCGCUUCUUCUCGGGCAUUUUCGGCAGUUGUCCACUGGCCGUGGUGGCAGCCGUCUUCUCCGACAUCUGGGACAACCGCACGCGCGGCAUUGCCAUUGCCAUGUUCUCCAGCACGGUGUUCCUGGGCCCGCUGCUGGCCCCCUUUAUCGGUGGAUUCAUCAACAUGUCGUAUCUCGGCUGGCGCUGGACUGCGUACAUCCCUGCAAUCAUGGGCUAUGCCGCGUUCGUCCUGAACGUCCUCUUCCUGAAAGAAUCCUAUCCUCCGAUGGUUCUGGUCGCCAAGGCUAAGGAGCUACGCCGUCGCACGAAGAACUGGGGCAUCCACGCCAAACAAGAAGAGAUCGAGGUCGACCUGCGCGAGCUGAUGGUGAACAAUUUCUCGCGCCCACUGCGCCUGCUGAUUAACGAGCCGUUGAUCUCGGCCGUCACGAUAUACCUCAGCUUCAUCUACGGUCUGCUGUAUUGUUUCUUGACGGCGUACACGCUCGUCUUUCAGAAUGUUUAUCACAUGAACCCCGGUGUGGGCGGCCUGCCGUUGUUCGGAAUGGUGGUGGGCCUGUUCAUCGCUGCGUCCUACAUCAUCUGGUCGAGCCGGGGAUACAACGCCCGGCUGGAUGCGAACGGGGGCGUCCCCGUUCCCGAGUGGCGUCUUCCUCCGGUGAUUGUUGGAGGGUUCCUCUUUGCCGCGGGACUGUUUUGGUUCGGAUGGACUGGGUUCACGAGUAGCAUUCCGUGGAUUGUGCCGACGCUCAGUGGGCUAUUCACCGGGUUUGGCUUGUUAGUGAUUUUCAUCCAACUAUUCAACUACCUGAUUGAUACAUACUUGAUGUUUGCCGCAUCAGCCAUCGCAGCCAACACCUUCUGUCGCUCCAUGGUAGCAGCCAGUUUUCCGCUCUUCUCGCGACAGAUGUUUCAGAAUAUGGGUAUCCAGUGGGCCUCCACACUCCUCGGGUGUGUGGCUGCCGUGCUUAUCCCUAUUCCCGUGGCAUUCCUGUUCUUUGGCAGGUCUCUGCGGAAGAGGAGCAAGUUUGCGCCUUUUUACGAGCAUGUUCAGGAGUCGCAGGCUGCGGAUGAGGACGAGGGUGGUCAGGAGAAUAACCAGAAUCCUUGA